AAAUCGAAACCGCGGCAGUGCUCGUGAUUCACAUCGGAAGUCUCUGCUCUUCUGUGCACGGCAGGCCGGACGAGCGUGUGAGCGUUCGUCCGGAAAAUGGAGAAACUUUAGUACGCGGCGCUCGAACCUUAUCCUUCACUGCCAUGGGAACGGGCGGAGGGCUGACAAUGCGAGGCGAGCUCCGAGGGAAGGCUCGGGCAAAGAAAGCUUCCCUCGGCUCGUGUACACAGACCGCACCUGGAACGUUCCGAAGCCGACUAAACACUCUGGCGCGUCAGUUUCUCUAAAAAAAAAGGAAAAUAAGGCGGAGAAAAAAAAUGGAAGCAAGGUACGGCCGAGGAGAUGCACGCGGAAAGGUGAGGUUGCGGAGUCCGCAUAUAACGGCGUUGCACAAGACAGCGGAAACUUAUCCCGCUCCUUCUUUCUCUUGGCGCGGCGGCGGCGGCGUCAAAGCAGAGGCGUCUUGGCGCGAUUUAUACACAUCGGUGGAACCGGGCAGUAGGCAAACGCGCUGUGUAUUCCCGACUGUGCGUACACUCUGCGCUGGGAACUAGCGUCUACUGGGGAAAAAAAAAGAAGGCGCGAAAGAACGAGACCAACAACGAAAAGCGAGUUGCGCCAUUAUCUCGCAUUGUGGACGAAAAGUCAAGCAUGAGAGGAGCACUGAAGUGGCGGCGGCGGCCCUACUGAUAGCGUGAAUACGGCAGGCCGGCAGCGCGAGCGCCGUCGAGUACGCGCAGACAAGGUGUUGGCCCGUCGUGUGAGGCUGCAUGUAUAUACUACACGCUUCGAGACGUCAUCGCACGGUUGCCAACCGUCGCGCUCGGCGUCGCUGCAACGGUCAUUUGAAUAUCGGAGCGUGUUGGUGUGAUGUUCGCCAGCGUUGCGGUUGCGCCGCUGUCGCUAUAUCGUGCGUCUAGAUUGAUCAGAGUGCCCCCUGCCGCGGUAUAGUUCCGUGCGUGUGUGUGUGUGCUCUGUCCAGACGGAAGUAAUGCAGAGAAAAUGGAUUUCGGAAGGUAUUACAAAAGAUGCCGAUCUCGAUGACUGCGUUGGAGCGGCCUCGCCUGCCUUCGAGAGGCCCGCGUUUCAAAGGCAGACGUCCGAGGUCAUCUCCACCAUCGAUGAACCAACGGAGAACAUCAAUCUUAGCUGGAACGCGCCUGAGUUCUACAAGAGGUUGAAGCGCUUUCGACGGACUCAACUUGAAUAUGACACUUGGAACCCGAACCGCUGGGCCAGCUGUCCCGAGGUGGUCAAUCCGUCGCCGCAGGCACUGAGCACGCCGAAUCCCAGCGUGCGCUUCUACGUCGGCACGAGCCCUUCGGGUCAGAGCAUCAGCGAUGAGGACGAGGAGGAACGAUACAAGACGUACCUCUACUACCUGCUAAGCACCACACGCAGCGCGAGCUCGGAAAUCCGCUUCCUGGACCUCUUCCAGGAGGCGCAGGACAACAUCCGCGCCCUUCCUCGGCAAGAGAGCAACUCGACGUUAGACGUGAUACUCUCCUCUCGGCAACAGCUGUCCUACUCCCCUUCGCACUCAUCUGGCGUGGGCCAGCGGGCCUCUUGGUCUUCUGGUGGUGGUGACGAGUGCUUCAACCGGAAGCGGUUGGUGCUUUACGCCCAAGAAGAGACCGGGUCCGGGGAGGUGCUGCCUUUUGGACACCAACACCACGCCUACUCUCAGCCCGUCAGCCACGAAGGAUCACGUGUGAGCGUGGCCACAAUCAGCGCGUCUGUGAGCGAGAAGGUGACGCGGCCGAGGAGGCUGUGCAACGAUGCUCGCGACACCCACAAUGGCGCCGUGUGGUGCCGCGCGUACGACAAUCCGUGCUUCGACGCAACGGGAAGUCCAAAGUCUUCGUUCCAGAACAGCGCUCCUGCAACUGUUUGCACCAGUGUUAGCAAUGGUGAAACCCGCGUGGUGGCGCAACAGCCGUCACCCGUGCCGCCUUCCGAUACGCUGUUUCAUCCGGACCGAAAGUGCAGUGUGUUCGACGUGCGAAGGCUGAACGCCAUUCUCCGUUACAUGUUCUGCUGCGACUGUUGCGUGUGGGAUGCGGGCCAGGCGCGUCGCCCGACGGAGUCGUAGUGGUCGGCCACAGCAGCAUGCGUUACGUACUUUGCAUGUGUUUGUGAUGUGAUAAUUCCGCGCGUUCUAAAGGUACGAACUGCCUCGCCAUAAGGCUGGAUGUGGAGUGAACGAAUGUUUACACCACAUUAUUUGCCUUUUAUUAGACGUAGAAAUCGAACAGAUCUUGUCAACAUGUCAGCCAAGGACUUUUCCAAAGAAGAUUUGUACAGUGAGAAAGUUUUUAGCGGUUAUUUAGAAUGUUUAAUAUUCACAUAAAACGAGGCACCAAGUGCCUUUUAUUUUGCAUACGUGUCCACGAAAGAACAAC